UUGCCUGCGCCUUGACGCAGCUCCGGGAGAAGAUGCUUUGUAGGAGAGAUAUUUUGACAUGAACGUGUUAUUUUAUUUUAUUACACGCCCGUCCUCCCACAGAGCGUGUUGGUGUAACUCGGCCAUGAAGACUUAAAGGCUCGUGUCGUCGCUUCGCAGUGUUCAGGAGGGUGUCAGCGAUGCAGCGCAUGCUCUGCAAGUUCAUCUCGUCCCUGCCGGCCGAGGAUCAUCAUCAUCAGCAUCAUCAGCACCAUCAUCAUCAGCGCAGCGUCUUGUAUAGCAAAGCCAUCGAGUGGAGAUGUUAGUGAGCGUCUGCAGGGAUCCUCGGCCCUGGAGCUCUCCGGCGGGUCGAGCUGAGGAGGCCUGAGCUCGUCUCCAGCCCUCCGGAUCGGAUGGUGGCAGAAGGCAAAGUGUGCAUGACCAGAUGAACAAGAGGCGGUCCAGCCUGCGCUGCAGAUAAGCAGCAGAAGCUGUGAGUCAACUCUCUUAUUGGUGACAUUGUUGCCGUUUUUUUGUUGUUUUUUGAGCCUCUUCGUGUGCCAGACUGUAUUUGUGGCGAGUCCAUGUUCUUAUUAAUAAUAGAUGUAAUGGGCUGCAGCCCCUGAACUGUGAAUGUAGACUUGGAACUGGGGCGUUUUUUUUUUGUAUUUUUCUGUCGCCUAAAAGACAAGGAAGGUUUGAUUGGAAGCGAUGGCCGACCACGAGGAAGCGGAGUUGUCCGAGUCCCUCCAGAAGGGGGACGGGUUCUCCAGCGAGCCCGAGGAACCCGGCACGCACUUCCAAUCUAAAAGUCUGCCCGUUCUAACCGAAGAAGCGCCUCAAGAGGAAAUGUUGCUGGCCAGUUCUGCGUCCAUAACCGCGGAAGAGAACGCUGAAUUCAUCCAGCUCUCGGGCAAGACCGAGUCCUUCCAGCCGGAGCCCCCGACCAGAACGAACUACCAGCCCAAGCCGGGGAAGUCGGCGCUGAACAGGCCGAGCUCGUACAUGGAGAACACGGAGAACCGGAGGAGUAAAAACACGGCGAGAAGGAAGCCGCCGGGUAUUUUUGCCUCCAGGCUGGCUCGCCUACGACUGCCCAGCAGGAAGUCCCUGAGCGUCUUCAUCCAGGACUCUCGCUGCUUCCUGUUCUGCAUGUGCUACCUGACGUUCAUCCAGUCGCUCAUGGUGUCCGGCUACCUCAGCAGCGUCAUCACCACCAUCGAGAAGCGCUACAGCCUGAGGAGCUCCGAGUCGGGCCUCCUCGUCAGCUGUUUCGACAUCGGGAGCCUCCUGGUGGUCGUCUUCAUCAGCUACUUCGGUGGGCGGGGCCAGAGGCCUCGCUGGCUGGCGGUGGGUGGCAUCUUCAUCGCGGUGGGUGCCGCCCUCUUCUCCUUACCUCACUUCAUCUCGCCGGCCUACCAGAUCCAGGAGGUCAACUCGUCCUCCGGCAACGAGGGCCUCUGCAUGAACAGCAUCGGCAACGCCAGCAGCAGGGACCGCGUCGACAUCACUUCCUGUCCCCGAGACCAGGAGGGCAACGAGCACAACCUGUACGUGGCCCUGUUCGUCAUCGCCCAGAUCCUGGUGGGCAUGGGGUCCACGCCCAUCUACACGCUGGGACCCACCUACCUGGACGACAACGUCAAGAAGGAGAAUGCCUCGCUGUAUCUGGGUAAGAGUCUGUGUGACAGUGAGGGUUGUUGGGUACCGGUGUCUCUUGUUGUUGUUGUUGUUGUUGUUGAUAGAAAACAGCUGUCAUUCACAUCCAGCAUGUUGCAGCAACUGAAACUACGUUACAGUUUAGUAGAAACUAGGAUCAUAAAAGUCACAGUUCGGAUCAGCACAAAAGAAAGUGAACCUCCGUUGGUUAGCCGUUAGCGGUUAAACUGUUGCCAGUCACUGAGUGGGCUCCAGUGCUUUGCUCAAAGGCACAUCAGCAGUCAGGAUGUGGAAGCAAUAGGCAGAAAAAGUUCCUGUCGCACCCGUUUCUGCCACUGCCGUGGCCGACAGGUCUACGGUCCCCCCCCCCCCCUUCCACAUACUUCCCCUGAAGUUCUCGCCUCAGUGGACUCAAACAAGGUAAAGCCUAAUUAACCAACAAAUGAGAGUUGGGUUAUGAAAGAGAGGAGGGGAGGCGGAGGGAAUAGGGGAAGGUCUUUUGUGCAUUCCUG